UCUGAUAGGCCUGCAGUGAGCAGGAACUACCACUGUCAGAAUGUAUAUAAGAAGAUCUUUGUCAACAAUAGUUAGUUCUCUGCUGACCCUGCGUGGUGUUGCAGUGAACCCAUGUACAUGAAGAUUGCAUUUAUUAUACUUAUUAAAGACUUCGUAAAAUAGCAUUUGUCUCUAGGUUAUAAUUUGUCCUCAACACCAGAUUUGAAUCACGCCCAAACACUUGUUAUUUGGAAGUCAAAGUGGGGGUCCAACGUGAUCAUUCCCAAUGAAUCAGAGAGGGAGAGAAGGACGAGGAGCGGCAAAAAGACAGAGACAUCACACAUAGAGAGACGGGUUUCUAGACGGAAUUACCUGAAGCGCUGAGUGGCAACUAAAGGGACAACAACACUCCGGACAAAACUGAUUUACACACUCGCUGUAUAGCUAUCCCUCACAGGCUUUCCAACUGUCGGUAUGUCUAAGCCAUGGGGCUGGGUCACGGGCUUCUUCACCUAUGAGACCACCAAGUCUGUGGUGGUGAAGAGCUGGUCCGUUGGAAUCAUCAACCGUGUCGUGCAGCUGCUCAUCAUCCUCUACUUUGUAUGUUAUGUUUUUUACCGUGAAAAGGCGUACCAGGUGAGAGACUCCGGGAUCCAGUCAUCUGUCAUGACCAAGGUGAAGGGCUUCGGUUACGUUAACAACCAUGUGAUGGACGUAGCGGACUAUGUUGCCCCUACUCAGGGUUCGGCAGUGUUCUGCAUCAUAACCAAACUGAUCGUCACAGAAAAUCAGUUCCAAGGCCGCUGCCCCGAGGUUGAAAGCAGCUACAAGUGUGACAGUGAUCAAGACUGCAGCAAGCAUUUGGGGAGCUACCUUGGAAAUGGGGUCAUCACUGGUUCCUGCGUGAAGUCUUCUCAGGGAAACCGCUGUGAGAUGGUCGGCUGGUGUCCGGCCGAGGUGGACAAACUCCAAGUGAAACCAAUGAUGGAGGUGGAGAACUUCACCAUCUUCAUCAAGAACAGCAUCCGCUUCCCUAGGUUCAAUGUCACCAGGGGGAAUUUCCCGUCCUCCCUGAAUAAGACGUACAUCAGGAGUUGUAGGUAUGACAGCAGCCACAACCGUCACUGUCCCAUCUUUAAGGUGGGAGAUGUGCUGCGUUACACUGGACAGAACCUCUCUACCAUUGGUCACACGGGCGGAGAGAUUGGGAUCAACAUACAAUGGCUGUGUAAUCUGGAUCUGUCGGAGGAGAGGUGUGAGCCUCACUAUUCCUUCACACGACUGGAUGCUGUGUUUGAGAAGAACAGGGUUUCAAAGGGAUACAACUUUAGGUUUGCCAAAUAUUACAAAUCGGAGAAUGGGACGGAUUUCCGCACUCUUCACAAGGCCUACGCGAUUCGCUUUGAUAUUCUGGUCACUGGCUUAGCAGGGAAGUUUGACCCAAUUCCCACGCUGAUCAACAUAGUGGCGGCUUUCACCUCAGUGGGACUGGGUUCAAUCCUUUGCGAUCUCAUCCUCCUGAACUUCCUGACAGGGGCGGACCAAUACAAGGCCAGGAAAUUUGAGGAGGUGUCUGAAUCACAGAUCAAGAUUUUACUCUCCCAAAAGAGUAUCAGCCAGCAGUCAGUCAAACCAGUGUCAAAUGAUUCAGGUGCUGUUUCCCUCAACCUGGACCAGCAGCUCUGAGUGACAUUCUACAUAAACACCUGAGAUAGAAAAA